AUGGCCUAUCCCACUGAUGACAAGGCGGCCCCGAGCCACAGCUACGAGCCUGUUCAGGACCUCGCCCUGCCCCCAAAGGCUGCCACCGUCAAGACGACCGAGGCGACGCAUGGCUCCUCGCCUGCCUCGUCUACGAAGGAGAAGAUCAUCGAGCUCCGCCGCGACAGCAUCCCCUCAACGCCACACUCCCUUCGCAAUGACAACCCCUUUGACACGGAUGUCGAGGCCAUGAUCACCACGACCAACACAAACAAUAACAACAACAUGUCGCGCAAGUGCACCACCACCAUCUCCAAGGCCGAUUGCCCCUCGGUCUGGCCUGGCAAAGAGCAUUGGAAGCAAAAGGCCAAGACGGCCAAGCGCAACCGUCACAACACGUGCAACUGCCUGGCCCACCUCAGCAAGCGCAACCGCAUCAUCGCCAAGAUCCUCAUCGGCCUGUUGAUCGUCGGCAUCGCCGUCGGCGUCGGCUUUGGCGUCAGCAAGCCUCUGGGCGCACCCAUCUGGGGCGUCAAGGACGACGAGAAGAGGUAG